CAAAUGGCUGAGACAAAGAACUUGCUGCUGCUCUUUGAGCAUCCCACUGAGCCCGUGUUCAUGGACAAGGGCAAGACGGUGACUGUUUUCGAUGUGCCCGAUAAUUUCCUUACCGAUCGCUAUCGUCCCAUCAGCAAUGAGGUGCAGAGCCGUGUGGGUGAGAAGGUGCAACAGCGUGUGCCAGUGCGUGAGAUCUCCAUUCCCGAUCUGCGCAUACCCAUGUCCUUGGGCCGCGAGGAGCAGUUCUCGCUGUUCAUACCCAAGCAUCGUCGCAUUGCAGGUCGCCUGAUUGAUAUAUUCGUCAAUAUGCGCAGCAUUGAUGAUUUGCAGAGCGUGGCGGUCUAUGCACGCGAUCGCGUUAAUCCUGUAAUGUUCAACUAUGCGCUGAGUGUGGCGCUGCUGCAUCGUCCUGAUACUCAAGGCCUGGAUUUGCCAUCGUUUGCGCAAACCUUCCCCGAUCGCUUUGUCGACUCGCAGGUGUUCCGUCAGCUGCGCGAGGAGUCGUUUGUGGUGCAGGAGGGCUCACGCAUGCCCAUUGUCAUACCACGUGACUAUACCGCGUCCGAUUUGGAGCCAGAGCAUCGCUUGUGGUACUUCCGUGAGGAUUUGGGCAUCAAUCUGCAUCACUGGCAUUGGCAUUUGGUCUAUCCCUUCGAGGCCUCCGAUCGCAGCAUUGUGGACAAGGAUCGUCGUGGUGAACUCUUCUAUUACAUGCACGAGCAGAUUAUGGCUCGCUACAAUAUGGAACGCUUCAGCAACAAUCUAGCGCGCGUGCAGCCCUUCAACAAUCUGCGUGAGCCCAUUGUCGAGGGUUACUUCCCCAAGAUGGACUCGCUGGUUGCCAGCAGAGCCUGGCCACCACGCUUUGAUAACACGCGCCUCAGUGAUCUGAAUCGUGAGUCAGAUCAGAUUAAUGUGGAGGUCGCUGAUAUGGAGCGCUGGCGCGAUCGCAUCUACGAAGCUAUACACCAGGGCUUCGUUAUGGAUGAGCGCGGCAAUCGCAUUGAGCUUGAUGAAGCACGUGGUAUUGAUAUUCUUGGCAACAUUAUGGAGUCUUCCAUACUCUCACCCAAUCGCACCUUGUACGGUGAUCUGCAUAACUUUGGCCACGUUUUCAUUUCCUACUCUCAUGAUGCCAACAACAAGCAUUUGGAAUCCUUUGGCGUUAUGGGCGACUCUGCUACGGCUAUGCGUGAUCCUGCUUUCUACAGAUGGCAUGCCUAUGUGGAUCGCGUUUUCCAGGAGCACAAGUCGCGUCUGCCUGCCUAUACUGAGCCACAGCUCAACUAUACUGGCAUUUCUAUUACCGGUGUGCAGGUCGCUGCCAAUGGUGGUCAACCCAACAUGCUGACUACUCACUGGCGUCAGUCGGACAUGGAUUUGUCUCGUGGCUUUGAUUUCACACCACGUGGCAAUGUCUUUGCUCGCUUUACUCAUCUCAUGCAUGUGCCCUUCACCUAUACCAUCAAUGUGAACAACGAUGGCGGCGCUCAGCGCUUCGGCUAUGUGCGCAUCUUCAUGGCGCCCAAGAAUGAUGAGCGUGGUCAGCCUAUGCUGCUGCGCGACCAGCGUCUGAUGAUGGUUGAGCUGGACAAGUUUGUCGUGUCACUCAAUCCCGGCCCCAACACUGUGCGCCGUCGCUCCACAGAGUCCAGCGUCACCAUUCCAUUCGAGCGCACCUUCCGCAAUCUGGAUGCCAAUCGUCCAACUGCUGGCAGCGCUGAUGAGCUGGAGUUCAACUUCUGCGGCUGUGGCUGGCCGAAUCAUAUGCUGAUUCCCAAGGGUCUGCCCGAAGGACUUAAGUGUGAUCUCUUUGUCAUGGUUUCCAACUAUGAGAACGAUCGUAUUGACCAGCAGCUGGUUGGUCGCUGCAGCGAUGCUGCCAGCUACUGUGGCGUGCGCGAUCGUCUCUAUCCCGAUCGUCAGUCCAUGGGUUAUCCCUUCGAUCGUCUGCCACGCACUGGCGCCGAUCGUUUGGUUAACUUCUUGACUCCUAACAUGAGCAUUGUGGAUGUAAACAUUCGUCAUGAGAAUCGUGUGGCCUAAACGCUAAAUAUCAGCUCUGAUAACC